CGCGAGGCCCGGAUUCGACUUCAUGCCAUCAUUUGGCGAUGCGACACAGGUGACAUCGCCGGCGACAUCUCAAGCAAACCCUUGGAUACCACAACCACACCUAAGCCAUGGCAUCAGGAUACGGACUGAACGGGGGUCCGUCCCGAUGCUUCCCAUUCUGGCAGGAGUUGCUCGCAUGCUACGUCGUCAACACGAGCUCUGACGAUGCCUCGGGCAAGAAGAAGUGUGUUCCUGCACUGGAGGACUACUACGAGUGCAUGCACCACAAGAAAGAGGCCGCUCGAGUGAUGGCAUUACAGGCAGCGUACCGGAAGGCAGAGAUCAACCAGGGGCGAGAAAACGCGCCAACCGCGGGGCAAAUACGGAACCUCGGCCUGCUGAACAAGGACGAGGACACGAAGAAGGUUCUCGGGGCGAGCUCAUAGACGUCGGGAGGUGCCACCACCUCGUUGAACAGUUCGAGACAGACACCACCAUGAUUCGAAUAGAAAAUGGGGAGCUCUUUGGGGGUUCAAGAAGACCGAGAAGUCCAUGCCUGUCUGGUCUUGCAUUCGCAUCUAUCUGCAUGUGUGAAGAUACCUGGCCGGGGUUGCUCUGGUGGAAGCAAGUUAAUGAUCAUGGAGCCAUGAGAUGUUGCGUCAUUCCACGCGUCCUUGCCAGAGCCCAACCACUUUCUCAUCUCCUUCGAAUUGUGCACCAAUUGGGGAGGGGCCUGGCAGGGUCGAAGCUUCCUCCCCAGGCACACAAUACUUGUAGGCCGAGGCUGCAGCACUGACUGCAGGGGCAAGUGCUCUCAAACGAAAACCGACACCUGUGUUUCCCCCACCCCUCAUCCGAACCUCCUUUGCCCCAAAAAUAUUGUUUGAAAUUAGCAACAGCUCUGCGGGUGGACUUGCUUACUCCAGGGUCAGUCUAC